ACAUUUGCCCUUGAAACUUGUCUGAAAUCUCACGAGUAAAGUCUUUGUUUGAUAUUGUCUGAAUCAUUUUGGAAUCUCUGUGGCUACAGUCUUCAGUAUUUACUAGAAAUUUAUAACUUUCGCCCACAAAUCCCGAGUGAUCUCUCUUGAAAGUCUUGGAACUCUUGAAAAGCACGUGGUGGUGUCCGUUAAAUCUUGUGGAAAUUUGAAUUUUUCCCCAAGGAUGGCGCCAUAAAUUCGCGAAUUGAAACAUCCACUAGAGGCGCUGGUGCAGGUAGUGUGCUUUUGUGGGACGGAAAAUUGCGGGGGGCGUUUUUUUGUUCAGUGGAGUGAAAUUGAAAGUCUCCGGCGCUGCGAGGGGCUCCUAUCUCGUGUUGGUCGCGCUGUCGUUGGGUUUGCUUGGAAGAAGAAAAAUCGCGGGAGAUUUGUGAAGAUGUACCACCUGAGGAGUAUUGUGAGGCAUACGGCUGUCCGGAAGGAAUUGGCUGCUGUUGCCAGGUGUGCCCCAGUGGCCUCGUGGCAGGUAUCUCGUGGGUAUGCUGAUCAUCAGAUCCCCGAGAGACUCAAGGAUGUUGGCUCAGCCAAGAAUCCCAAAUUCUUCGACAUGGUGGAGUACUUCUUCCACCGUGCCUGUCAGAUUGCCGAGGACAAACUGGUGGAGGACAUGAAGGGACGCAUCAGUGUUGAGGAGAAAAAGAAGAAGGUCAAGGGUAUUCUCAUGCUCAUGCAGAACUGCGAUCACAUCAUCGAGAUCUCCUUCCCGCUGAGACGUGACUCUGGGGAUUAUGAGAUGAUCCUCGGCUACCGUGCCCAGCACAGUACCCAUCGAACGCCCACGAAAGGAGGUAUUCGUUUCUCAAUGGAUGUGUCGCGUGACGAAGUGAAGGCCUUAUCGGCACUCAUGACGUUCAAGUGUGCCUGUGUCGAUGUGCCAUUUGGUGGCGCAAAGGCCGGCAUUAAGAUCAAUCCAAAGGAAUACUCUGAGCAUGAAUUGGAGAAGAUCACACGGCGUUUUGCCCUGGAAUUGGCCAAGAAGGGCUUCAUUGGGCCGGGUGUUGAUGUUCCGGCUCCGGACAUGGGUACGGGAGAGCGUGAGAUGAGUUGGAUUGCUGACACGUAUGCCAAGACAAUUGGCCAUCAAGAUAUCAAUGCUCAUGCCUGUGUCACGGGAAAACCAAUCAAUCAGGGUGGUAUUCAUGGGCGUGUCUCAGCCACUGGACGUGGUGUCUUCCACGGUCUUGAGAAUUUCAUCAAUGAAGCCAAUUACAUGAGUAUGAUUGGCACAACGCCCGGUUGGGGUGGUAAGACUUUCAUUGUCCAGGGCUUUGGUAAUGUAGGUCUGCACACAUGCAGGUACCUCGUUCGUGCUGGAGCCACAUGUGUUGGAGUCAUUGAACACGAUGGCUCCAUCAUGAAUCCCAAUGGUAUUGAUCCCAAAGAAUUGGAAGACUACAGAAAUGAGAAUGGCACGAUUAAUGGCUUCCCCGGAGCUGAAGCAUACAAAGGAGAGAAUCUGAUGUAUGAACCCUGUGACAUCUUCAUUCCAGCUGCCGUGGAAAAAGUCAUUACCAGUGACAAUGCUCAUCUGAUUCAAGCAAAGAUCAUUGCUGAAGCUGCCAACGGACCAACAACUCCAGCUGCUGACAAAAUCCUCAUUGACAGGAAUAUCCUCGUAAUCCCUGAUCUGUACAUCAAUGCUGGUGGUGUGACUGUGUCCUUCUUCGAAUGGUUGAAAAAUCUCAAUCAUGUCUCCUACGGACGUCUCACUUUCAAGUACGAGCGUGAAUCAAACUACCAUUUGCUGGAAUCCGUCCAGGAGUCUCUGGAACGUCGCUUUGGACGUGUCGGUGGACGAAUUCCCGUGACGGCGUCUGAGGCUUUCCAGAAGCGCAUUUCUGGUGCAUCUGAGAAGGAUAUUGUGCACUCUGGCCUUGACUACACCAUGGAACGAUCCGCCAGGGCUAUCAUGAAGACAGCCAUGAGAUUCAAUUUGGGAUUGGAUCUGAGAACUGCUGCCUAUGUUAACUCCAUUGAGAAGAUAUUUACCACCUACAGAGAUGCUGGAUUGGCAUUCUAGGAAGUUUUAUUAAAAAAAAAAGAAAGAAAGAGAGAGAAAAAUUGAAGGGAAGAGACGAUUCCUCCGAGACGAUAUUGUCAAGUCAAGACACAUUUUAGCCCCAAAAAAAAUUCGAGAUUCACUUAGAAAAUUUUUGAGAAAAAAAUCACUCUUUAGAUUUAAUUAAAAAAUUAAUGAAUAAUUGUUGAAUUUUCUCAAAGAAAAUUCUUCUCUGAGUUUUCUUGAAAAAAAAAUCACAAAGUAGAUUUUUUUUCGCAUUGAUACUUAAAGCAUUUGCAAGGAAAUCUUUCACACUUCACCAAAAACAAAAAAAGAUGCUUCUAGAAAACUCUUUUGGAAAUGUUUAGAGACGGGUAUUCUUUGAAGGAAAUGCAAGAAAGCCUUUCUCCGUGUUCGAAAAACAAACAACUUACCGAAGGAUAAGUGAGAUAUCUAAAUAGCUGAAUAAAGGAUAUAAAUAUUA